GCAACCCCAAAUCAUCCUUCUAAAGGAUGGAACCGACACGAGUCAAGGUCGUGGUCAACUCAUUAGUAACAUCAACGCCUGCGAAGCGGUAGCAGACGCAAUUCGCACAACUCUUGGUCCUCGCGGAAUGGACAAAUUAGUACAGACACAGCAGAAGCCGGUGAUUUCAAACGACGGCGCGAGCAUUAUGAAGCUGCUCGACAUCGUCCAUCCCGCCGCAAAGACCCUGGUGGACAUUGCUCAAGCCCAGGACGCGGAAGUGGGCGACGGAACGACGACGGUGGUUCUCCUUGCAGCGGAGAUCCUCAAAACGGCCAAGGACUUCAUCAAUGAGGGCAUGCACCCGCAGGUGAUCAUCCGAGGUAUCCGCAUGGCUCUCCGCAAAGCCAUCGAGAGUCUGAACGCCAUGGCGGUCACGAUUUCGGAGACCAACCCCGAAGAGAAGCGAGCGAUGCUCGAGAAGGUGGCUGGAACUGCUUUGAAUUCGAAGCUGAUUCGCUCGCACCGCGAAUACUUCGCCAAAAUGAUCGUCGACGCGGUCUCGAUGCUGGACGCCGAUCUGGACCUCGGUCUCAUCGGCAUCAAGAAGGUGGCGGGCGGCAGCGUAACCGACUCCACGCUGAUCCACGGCGUGGCGUUCGAGAAAACCUUCUCCUACGCCGGCUUCGAGCAGCAGCCCAAGCAGUUCACUUCCCCGCGGAUCCUCCUUCUCAACCUCGAGCUGGAGCUGAAGAGCGAGCGUGACAACGCGGAGAUCCGGAUCAGUCCUUCGGAGUAUCAGAGCAUCGUGGACACAGAGUGGCGUCUGAUCUACGAGAAACUGGACGCCUGCAUCGCAGCGGGCGCGAACAUCGUGCUCUCUCGCCUGCCCAUCGGCGACCUGGCCACGCAGUACUUCGCGGACCGCGGCGUGUUCUGCGCGGGCCGCGUCUCGGACGGCGAUAUGAAGCGAUUGGAGCGCGCCACGGGCGCCAAGAUCCAGUCGACGGUCUACGGCCUGACGCCGUCGGUGCUGGGGAGCUGCGGGGCGUUCGAGGAGGUGCAGGUGGGGAGCAAGCGGUACAAUCUGUUCACGGACUGCGCGGGGUCCACGUCGGCGACGUUCCUGCUGCGAGGCGGCGCGGAGCAGUUCUUGGAGGAGGCGGAGCGGUCGAUUCACGACUCGCUGAUGGUGACGAAGAAGUGCAUUCACAGCAAUCGCGUGGUGGGCGGCGGCGGCGCGGUGGAGAUGGCGGUGUCCGCGGUGCUGCGAAGCGAGUCGAAGAAGAUCGACGGGAAGUUGCAGCUCGUCGUGGAGGGCGUGGCGCGUAGCUUGGAAGUGAUUCCACGGCAGCUGUGCGAUAAUGCGGGGUUCGCCUCCACGGAGAUUCUGAACGAGCUGCGGCACCUGCACCACGCGGAGGCGUGCUGGAUGGGCGUGGACAUCGACCAGGAGUCCGUCUGCGAUACGCUGCAGAAGGGAGUCUGGGAGCCUCUCGCCUCCAAGAUCAACUCGAUGACCGCGGCGUGCGAGGCGGCCUGCGCCAUUCUGUCGGUCGAUCAGACCGUGAAGAAUCCGAAGAGCCAGCAGGCGCAGAUGGAGGCGCAGGCGCCGAAUUUGGGGAUGAUGAGUGCGGGAAUGGGAGGAACCCGGGGACAGAAGAUGAAUAUGGGAGGAAUGAAGGUGCUGCAGGGAAGAGGCGGAAAAUAA